CAGCUCCGGCCGCCGGGAGCCUGCGGCUGGGACUCCAGUGCGGCUCGGUCCACCUUGCCGGGCUCCGCGCUCCGCUCCGCGCGCGUCUCUCCCGUGGGGUCCGAGGCCCCGCUCCGCCAUGAACCGGUGCGCCGAGGCGGCGGCUGUGGCGGCCACGGUGCCGGGCGUGGGGAGCGCGGGGCUGCGGCCGCAGAUGGUGCCCCGCCAGGCGUCCUUCUUCCCACCGCCCGUGCGCAACCCCUUCGUGCAGCAGACGCGCCUGGGCGCGGGGAGGCGCAUCCAGACUUUCUUUCUUGGAAUUGUCCUGCUUCCGGUUCGUGCCUUACUGCUUGGCUUAGUUUUAUUACUGGCGUGGCCAUUUGCUGCGAUUUCAACAGUAUGCUGUCCUGAUAAGCCGACCCAUCCGCUAACUGGUUGGAGGAGGAAAAUUACUCACCCAGUUUUGAAGUUUCUGGGCCGGGCCAUGUUCUUCUCGAUGGGGUUUUCAGUUACUGUGAAGGGGAAGAUCGCAAGUCCCGUGGACGCCCCGAUUUUUGUCGUGGCCCCCCACUCCACAUUCUUCGAUGGGAUCGCCUGUGUCGCCGCGGGGCUACCUUCCAUGGUUUCUCGCAACGAGAAUGUGCAGGUGCCUCUGAUUGGCAGACUGUUACGGGCUCUGCAGCCAGUGUUGGUAUCCCGCGUAGACCCGGAUUCCCGAAAAAACACAAUAAAUGAAAUCAUAAGGCGAGCAACCUCAGGAGGGGAAUGGCCCCAGAUACUAGUUUUCCCAGAAGGUACUUGUACUAAUCGCUCCUGUUUGAUUACUUUUAAACCAGGCGCCUUCAUCCCGGCGGUGCCCGUGCAGCCAAUCCUCCUCCGAUACCCCAACAAGCUGGAUACUGUGACGUGGACAUGGCAAGGACAUACAUUCUUUCAGCUGUGUGUGCUCACCUUCUGCCAGCCCUACACGAGGGUGGAAGUUGAGUUUAUGCCUGUUCAAGCACCAAGUGAUGAAGAAAAAAGAGAUCCUGUCCUAUUUGCUGGUAGAGUCCGGAAUUUGAUGGCAGAAGCUCUGGAAAUCCCCGUGACCGAUCACACCUAUGAAGACUGCAGGCUGAUGAUCUCGGCCGGGCAACUCACCCUGCCUAUGGAAGCCGGGCUGGUAGAAUUUACCAAAAUCAGCCGGAAAUUGAAACUGGAUUGGGAUGGCAUCCGCAAGCACUUGGAUGAAUAUGCGGCUAUUGCAAGCUCCUCCAAAGGGGGAAGAAUUGGAAUCGAAGAGUUUGCGGAGUAUUUGAAGCUGCCUGUUUCCGACGUGCUGAGACAGCUGUUUGCACUCUUUGACAGGAACCACGACGGCAGCAUCGACUUCCGGGAGUACGUGAUCGGCCUGGCUGUGCUGUGCAACCCCGCCAACACGGAGGAGAUCAUCCAGGUGGCCUUCAAGCUCUUUGACCUUGAUGAGGACGGCUACAUCUCAGAGGAAGAGUUUUCCACCAUUUUGCAGGCUUCCCUGGGGGUGCCCGACCUGGACGGUUCUGGUCUCUUCAAGGAGAUAGCCCAGGGCGAUUCUGUGUCCUAUGAGGAAUUUAAAAGCUUUGCCCUGAAGCACCCGGAAUAUGCGAGGAUCUUUACGACAUACUUGGAGCUGCAGGCCGGCCACGUGUUCUCCUUACCGGAGGAGCGCCCCGCGGCGCCCGCCACGGCCAGUAAUAAAGUCAGUCCCGAGAGCCGCGAGGAGAGCCCCUCAGACAAGAAAGAUGACUGAGAGCGGGCAUCCCAGGAAGGAGGACGGAGCAGCUUUCCCUGAGAUCGGGGCGGCGUUGAUCAGUCGUAUUGUAUAACUAUGAUUUGUGGAGUCAUGGCGAUGUAUAAACUGGAAAACUGCCCUGGCUGGGUGGCUCCGUUGGUCGACCAUCCUCCCAUGCACCAAAAGGUUUCAGGGCACAUACCUAGGUUGUGGGUUCCAUCCUGGGUUGGGGCAUGUGCAGGGGUGGGCAACUGAUCUACGUUUCUCUCUCACAUCAAUAUUCCUCUCUCUCCCUUUCUAGCUCUCAGAUCACUAAAAACAUAUCCUCGGGUGAGGAAUAAAUUUUUUAAAAUUUUUAAAUGGAAAGGUUUUUUAUAAAAAUGAUAGAUUUUAUUAAGAUGCUUCCAUUCACCCGUGUAGGUCAAGGAAUAUCUUUUUGCCUGUCAUAGUGUCCUGUGCCAAUUGGUUUACUGGUGAUAAGCGUGUUUUUGCAGAUUCUCCCGUUGAGUUUACACAUCCAAAUGAAUGAAGUGCACUGCCUUCCUGGAGCGUAUCCACACAGUAAAGAGUUUUCUAAGGAAAAAUAAGUACUAUUUUGUCAUCUCUAGUCCCUUUCCACUCUGGAAAUAAGCAUGAAGAGUCUGAGGAUUUUACAGAUUACUCCCCCCCCCCCCCAUCCCCUCUCCCCCGGCCCAUUUCCAUUUUCUUGGAUCAGUGGCUAUGGUUGGAUUAGAAAGGAGAACUCUCUUAAUUAGAUGAGACUCUUCAAAUCCCUGUUCUCUGUCGCCUGCACCCCUAAACCACCCGCGGAGGGAAAUCAGACCCUUUUGCACGACCUGAUAUAGAACUUUGUUUUCACAGGCAGCAGCCAUGGCCACAGGCUAAGUGGGAAUUGCCUGAUUGAAGGGAACAUCGAUUGCCUAAUGGGAAAAUGAAUUGUGAGCCACAGAGUUUAGUUUAAUUUGAGCCGGACAGCGUAGAAUGCAGCUCUUGCCCAGUAAAUGAAUCCGAUUUCCUCUACUGAUAUGAUAUUAGAAUUCAUAAUGUUACCAUCCAGGUGGGGGUUUUAUUUUGUUAGAUGCCCGCUCGAGUUUUCGAACUUGUCUGAGGAAUCUCCAGGGCAGGGAAACACACAAGGUCCUAAGGCAUCCCCCAAAGCUAGGGACUCCAAAAAGCCAGCAACCCCACAUGCAGCCCCCAGGCAGGCGUCUGACAGCGACGCCUAUCGUUUUGGUUAACCAAUGAUUUCCCUCUUGUGCCAUUUUUGUUGGUUGUCAUGCAUGUACACAUGUUGUCAGUAUGGUUUAUGUUGGAAAUUUUGAAGAAAAGCGAUUUUUUAAAUAUAAUGCAUAAAAAUGGUUCAGAUUCUGAAUUUAGUCUUUGCAUUUAAACGCUUUGUUUUGCUUAUGUUUCUGAAUAUCAGGGUGAGUCACCCCCGAGCCAGUGUGUGAGGAAGGCCAUUUUUGAAGUUGAAAGUCUCAUGAGAGAGGUGUUGGCAUUUAUAUGUAAUCAAGAGUCAUGACUUUAAACAUAAGUUCUACAUCUUAAGCACUGAAGUGUUCUAAUUUAAUUGCGUAUAUGUGUAUUUGAAUAAUUGCUUACUAGAAACUUUGUCGGAGUGUGUAUAUAUAUAUAUAUAUAUAUAUAUAUAUAUAUAUAUAUGUAAUUGUUUGCUUUUUAUGUAUCUUAAAGCUACUUAGACAAAAAGCACUGAAUGAACUGGAAACAAUUGCUUAAGUAAUUAGGAAAGUCUAGGUUUCCAAUAGUGUUUGUCAUCCGCAAUUGAAUGUAUGUAAUACUCAGGUACCGUGACUGUUUUUUUAUCAUAGAAAAGCCACAUGUUAAUUCUACGGGUCAUGGAAAAGCAUCAUUGAAAAUUAAAAGCUGUCUAUGAGGCUCUUGGAAGUGAGCCCAUUGUCUGCCUGUUUUAAAAUAAUAUUGUAUGCCCUUUAAUUCCACUUCUGCCAGUGUAAUAUUCCUAUUUUAUUAUGAACAAACAGAACUGCUACCUAAAAUCAUGGCCAUUAAAAAAUUCUGGUUUUGCUCUUUUGUCUCAAACGUAA